GUGACCGCACGCUUCCUCAGGAGCCAAUAGAGAAGAGGAACAACGAAACGCUUCCCGAGUUCGGGGGUCGGCGGAAGAUGGCGGCCGCCGAAAGGGGUUGGUGCUUGCGCGAGUUAUUGAGGUGUUUUCAUUCAUUAUUCUUCCCUGGGCUAAUUGUAUGUGGAGUUUUAUGUGUGUGUUUACUCAUUGUCCUUUGGGGAAUCAGACUGCUGCUACAGAGAAAGAAAAAGUCGGGCUCAGCUAGCAAAACUGGGAAAAAUCAAACGGUGAUUGCAUUUUUCCAUCCCUACUGCAACGCUGGCGGAGGAGGAGAAAGAGUGUUAUGGUGUGCCUUAAGGGCUCUACAGAAAAAGUAUCCUGAAGCAGUUUAUGUUGUUUAUACUGGUGAUGCUGAUGUCAGUGGUCAACAGAUACUGGAAGGUGCUUUCAGAAGAUUUAACAUCAGAUUAACUUGCCCAGUGAAGUUUGUUUUAUUAAGGAAGCGCUACCUUGUGGAAGAUUCACUCUAUCCUCAUUUCACCCUGCUGGGCCAAAGUCUGGGAUCCAUUUUUCUUGGCUGGGAAGCUCUGAUGCAGUGUGUUCCCGAUGUUUACAUCGAUUCGAUGGGCUACGCUUUCACUCUUCCUCUGUUUAAGUAUUUAGGCGGUUGCCGAGUUGGAAGCUAUGUUCAUUAUCCCACCAUCAGCACGGACAUGCUCUCUGUAGUGAAGAAUCAAAAUGUCGGAUUUAACAAUGCAGCCUUCAUCACCAGGAAUCCUUUUCUCAGCAAAGUAAAGCUUAUCUACUACUAUUUAUUUGCUUUUAUAUAUGGGCUUGCUGGUUCUUGCAGUGAUGUCGUCAUGGUCAAUUCUUCUUGGACGCUAAACCAUAUUCUCUCACUGUGGAAGGUUGGGAAUUGCACUAAUAUUGUUUAUCCACCUUGUGAUGUGCAGACGUUUCUGGACAUUCCCUUACACAAGGAGAAGACAACCUCAGGACAUUUACUGGUUUCGAUUGGCCAGUUCAGGCCUGAAAAGAAUCAUCCUUUGCAGAUCAGAGCCUUUGCUAAAUUGCUGAAUAAAAAGGAGGCUGAGUCACUUCCUCCACUUAAACUUGUCCUCAUUGGAGGUUGUCGUAACCAAGACGAUGAACUUAGGGUAAACCAACUGAGAAGGCUUUCUGAGGACCUAGGAGUUCAAGAAGACGUGGAAUUUAAAAUAAACACUCCAUUUGAUGAAUUAAAGAAUUACUUGUCUGAAGCAACAGUUGGUCUGCAUACCAUGUGGAACGAGCAUUUUGGGAUUGGAAUUGUUGAGUGUAUGGCAGCCGGCACGAUUGUCCUUGCACACAAUUCAGGGGGCCCGAAGCUCGACAUUGUCGUUCCUCACCAAGGCGAGAGAACUGGGUUUCUGGCUGAAAGUGAAGAAGACUAUGCUGAGACUAUGGCCCAUAUUCUUUCCAUGUCUGCAGAAAAGAGACUCCAAAUCAGGAACAAUGCUCGUGCAUCCGUAAGCAGAUUCUCCGAUCAGGAGUUUGAAGUGACAUUCCUAAUGUCUGUGGAAAAAUUAUUUAAGUAAUUCCAUACCUGUACAAACUAAAGAUAUUUUAUAUAAAAUGGUUAGAUACCUUCAUAUGUUAAUAUUUUUCUAAACUCAUUCCCUAUUGUAAUAAAGUUAGUCUAAGCAAGGCCCUUAGCAGUAUGUAUAUAACCAAGGUAUUUAUUUCAGUGGAACCAGGCAAAAUUACCUAAGUGGAAAAGGUAACCUUAUAUAGUUUAAAUAUAAAAAUUUUAGAGUAGUGUUUGGUCUCAAAUUCUGAAAAAUAUGGGUCUGAAAGAAAAAAAUGAACAAUCUUAAUUUUGGUAUAAUCCGUAUUUUUAAAAUCCUAUUUAUCAAAUCACUUUACUUUAGAAAUCAGGAAAGAGAAUUUCCUUUUAGAAAAAAGGAAAUAUUGGGGAAAAAAUGGGUGAUUGAUAAUUGAUUAGUACUUCAGAAUUAUUUUGACAUUUUUGGAACACAGAAAAAUUCUGGUACGUUUAAAUUCAAGCAGUAUUGUGGAUAAAAUUUUUGAAUCUAUCUAAUGAUCCUCUUAAAAGAACAAAAACUUUAAGCAGACUUAAUCAUGUUCUAAAAGCAUGUAGUCAAAAGACAGGCUCACUGUGAUUGCUCUAUGUGUGUGCGUGGGCAUGUAGAGACCAGGGUACUGCCAGUAAUCCUAUCCAUUAACUAGGUAUUUGUGAAAAUAGUUUUAUGUUUAGUGCUAUCAGUACAUUUUUAUGGACCUCUCAUUAUCCCUUAACAUUUUCACGUCCCAGAGGCUGUAAGUCAGCUUUUUGAAGUCAUUCAAGAGGUCUGAGUCAGAACAUCGCGGUAAGUUGUUUUUCUGAUAUUGAAGAUAUAAUAUUUGGAUCCAUCCGCGUGGUCUCUGUAAUCAGCAUCAUGCAUUGUAAGAUAGUGAGGUGGCAUUUUGAAAACAGCACUGGACUAGCAGGUGGAAAAGCUGGACCUGACCUCAGCUUCAUCAUUUACAAACAUCUGACCUUUUGACACGAAAGCUGCUCCCUAAUCUUUCUGAGUGUCAGCUUUCUCUGUAACCUGGAGAUGGUAAUGGCUGUCCUCACUGCCUUUCAUAGUCGUAAUGAAAACAGGGAACAGAGAAAGUAUGUGAAAGUACUUUGAAAAUUAUAAAAGUUAGUUUAAAGGUAACAAUGUAUAGUAAAUGUCUUCUAGAAUCCUAUCUUUAUCAAUGCAUUACAAUCCUAUGUAGAUUCUUGUUACUAAGCCAGUAACUAGGAAUCAGUAUAAUUUAACAGGACUCCUAUCCUGAAUAACUAGCAUGGAAAAGUGAAUAUAUAUAUAUAUGCAGAUAUGGCUGUUGAGACUAUAACUUUUGGCAUUUUCUGCAUACAUAAUCAGUUCCUUCUAGUUCAGUAAAUUGACCUCCUCCACAGUCUGAUACACCUUUGUGUUAGGGGCAUGUGAAAGAGGUACAUUUUUCCUUUCCAGUCUCCUCUCGUCCAUUCGUCAAUCCAACCAGCUUCGUUAUCUGCUUCCAGUUACAUUAUUGAUUUGUCUGCAGGCCAUCUUCUGUCAUCAGAUCAAAAAGCACCAAAACAAAGUCCCAGGAUGUUCUGACACACCAGAGUAGCUUUGUGUUGGAGAGUAUUCAAUUUAGAAAAGAAAAACUGGUGGAAAUUGGAGCUGGAAGGAGCCAUACAAAUUCUCUAGUCCAAUUUUCUCUUAUUUUCAACUUUACAGACAGGAACAAUUUAAAGAACUUUGAUUCUGUCAGUAUCACAAAGUUGUUUAAUGACAAAAUCAGGAUUACCACCCGGGGGUCCUGACCCCCAGCCCGGUGCUUUUCCUUAUCUUAUAGCUAGUCUUUGAGGUAAGAUUCACUACCAUUGCCCACUCAGCCUACCCACCUACCCAAAGAAAAUCAUGGGACUGAAGAUAAAGAGAUUGAAAUGGACAGAGCAAAAGUAGAGGAUAUUGGAAAGGAAGAAAGGAUUCUGAAAUUCCACAAAACAUUUUUUAAGCUAAUUUCUUCAAAAUGAUUUUCAUUUAUCACAAACCUAUCAUUAGAAAAUUUGCAUAUAUGUUUCUUUUCAGUGUUCCUAAUGUGGUGUUAAAUGUUUGUUUGUUUCUGAAUACUUGAUACCAUGAAGAAUGUCAAAGCAAUAUGUCAGCUACUGUCUGCCUGGAGAAAUUGAGUGACUAUUAAUUCCUGUAAGACACUGCUUUUGAGUGGUCCAAACAUGCUGUUUUGAACCUACAGCAGUGGUAAUUCACAUUCUUAUUUCCAGUUGUGCAUAACAAACUACAUGUUACAUGUUCUUUGUAUAGUAAUUAUUUGUAUCUAAAUAUGAUUUAGAUUUAAUAGGUACAAAGUCUAUAUCUAAAUAAGAUCUAAAGAAGUGGUUUUAUUAUCUUAGAUACUUUUCCCAGUUCAGUGCCUUUAUACCCCUCAUGUAGUCUCCCAAUUCUGAAUUAUUUAUUAUCUACUGCUAAUAUUCCCAAGCUCCACAUGCCAAGAAUUUUUUUUAAAGAAAGAAAAAAAGUUUUUAAAGGCAAAACAAAACUGUUUUGCCUCUUGUACCCAAGAAUAGGUUGUCAGGUUUAAUAGAUUUUUUUUAAUGAAUUCAGACAUAUAAAAUACUACAGAGCUUCAUACACUUUAAUAAUUUCCAGGGUAUUUUACAAAGUCAUAUUCCAGACAAAAUUAUGAGAUAGGGGCCAGUGUGAUUAUCAGUGCUUUCAGAAUAUUUGUGUAUUUAAUUAUGUAAAUGUACCCUAGAGUCCAGAACUAUGAUAUGAAUAAAUAAAUGAAGGUGUGUCUGCUAAAUAUGUCAAUGGGUACAAUGAAAAAGUUACUUCUCACACUACUAUAUAUAAAAUAGAUAACUAAUAAGAACCUACUAUAUAGCACAAGGAACUCGAGUAUACUCAAUACUCUGUAGUGACCUGUAUGGGAAAAGAAUCUAAAAAAGAGUGGAUAUAUGUAUAUGUAUAACUGAUUCACUUUGCUGUACAGCAGAAACUAACACAACAUUGUAAAUCAACUAUACUCCAAUAAAAAUUUAAAAAGUUACUUCCAUUAAACCACAACAAGAAGCUAUGCAAAUUACUAGAAUCAAAUUAUGCCCAUGUGAUUUGCCCUACCUCACCCACUAUUCCUCUUUCCCCACCCUAAUUAAGGCCACCCUUGGCUUUGGAGAAGCAUCAGUUCCAAUACUCUAGUGCUAUGUGCUCAUUUGGAUCAUGCAUAACUGUUACAAGACACUUAGAAGGGAGGUUAAGCGUUGAUAACACUUCUUGGUACUAUUUAAAGAAUGAUCAAGUUGAUUGAUAGAUAUCAUACAUAGUUACCAAAAUGCAUGAUUUUUCUAACAAAAUUUAUUCUAAAGACAUAUGCAGGUCUGAUCAGUAGUUUCAAUUUAACAGAUGUAGCCAAGCCUAAAACCAGAGUAAAGCAAUCAGAACUGGGCCUCAAGAACAUGAUUAAGGUAACGGUGUGUGUAAGAUAGGUAAGGUGAAUUGGGCUGGAGCAGGUUGAAAAACCUUGCAGAUAUGCAUACUUAUCACAUUGAAUACUUACUAAUUUACAGCAAAGAACUCAAAAUCUUAGAAUGAAUGAUAAGGGUGGGUGGCUGUUACCUAAAGGAGAUUUUAGCCAAGCAUCUUGUUAUUGGAGCAAACCUGAUAUGUUUAUUCUUAAACACUGACCUUAAACAUUCCUUUUCUUUUUUUUUUCCUGUAUACAAUUGAUCUUUGGGAUUUUUCAGGAACCAUGUUUCAUUUUCCAUGCUUUCAGGUACUGUUUAGAAUGAGAAUGAUACCAGCAGAUUCAGUGUCUGAACCAGAUAAUGUCCUGAAAGUAAAUUAAACAUGUAUAUACUGACCACUAAAAGAGCUGUAGAAUUAAAGAUGCUUCAAUCCCUCA